AAAAACCUAUGAAACAUGAAAGAAAGCAAUGUAGGCGGGGACUGUGAGCGCGCGAGAGGCAAGAGGAGGAGUCAACAGCGCGCCAGUCUAGAUGCUCUUUUGUCAAGCCCCCUCACUCUCCCUCGCUGUCCCAAGCUCUCACUUAUACUCUUACAGCUUAAGAUGGCGGCCACGGGGACGGAGGCAAUGAACCCGCCUGCAAAGAAGUACGGCUCCGUGGUUAUUACCUUGGAAAAUGUAUUAUUGCCGCCGGAGAAGCUGUCCCCGAGUCCCUCCCAGCAGGAUGGACUGGACCCGGAAAUUGAAAUGGACCUCAGGAUUCUAGGAUGCGAACUGAUCCAGACAGGCGGAAUCCUUCUCAGACUGCCCCAGGUUGCUAUGGCAGCGGGGCAGGUGUUGUUCCAGAGGUUUUACUACGCCAAGUCAAUGGUGCGCUACCCUAUGGAGACCACCGCCAUGGCCUGCAUCGCCCUUGCCUCCAAGAUCGAGGAGGCACCGCGCAAGAUUCGCGACGUCAUUAAUGUCUUCAACCACAUCCGACAAGUCAAGAACGGAAAGACGAUCCAGCCAGUAAUUCUAGACAGCAACUACAUCGCACUGAAGAACCAGGUGAUUAAGGCUGAGAGGAGGCUGCUGAAGGAGUUAGGGUUCUGCUGCCAUGUCAAACACCCACAUAAGAUCAUUAUCAUGUACCUGCGUCUCCUGGAGGCUGACGACAACAGGUGGCUGGCCAUGUCCUCUUGGAACUACAUGAACGACGCGUUGCGCACUGACGUGUUCCUGCGCUACAGCCCCGAGACCAUCGCCUGCGCCUGCAUCUGGCUGGCCGCCCGCCUCCGCAAAGUGCCUCUGCCGGAGAGCCCCCCCUGGUACCUGGUGCUGCGGGUCAAGCAGGAGCACAUCGAGGAUGUCGCCGCAUCCAUACUCAGGCUUUACACUAGGAAAAAGGUGAAGCUGGAGGCGCUGGAGGCCCGGGUGGAGGAGAUCCGCAAGGAGCAGCAGGAGGCUCGGCUACGCAGCAAGGUGGUGGCCUCCAUCGUGACUCCACAGACCAACACCGCCUUCAGCCCCGCCUCCAGGGCCAACACCCCCAACAAGGCCGCAUCACCACCUCACAAGCGCUCGUCUUCUCCAGAGAGGAACUCUGGCAGGAAGCGUAGCGGCAGCAGCGGCAGCCGGUCGAGGAGUGCCAGCCGCAGCCACAGCCACUCACCGCAGCAGCACAGGAGGUCACGUAAGAAGCAGCGCCGCGACUCCAGGUCCUCUCGCUCACACUCCAGGUCUCCUCGUUCCCGGUCACGUUCUCGGUCACGUUCACGGUCGAGGGACAAGCACCGUGGCACUAACAAGAACAAGUAUUCUCGCACCCCAUCGCCCGCCGUCACCCCACCUCCGCGCUUCACAAAGAACAAAGAGAAGGGCCUCAUCGUGCGGUCCAGGUCACGGUCACACUCUCGCUCACCACAGAGGAACUACGACAAGUAUGAGCGUUAUGACAAGUAUGACAAAGUGGAGCGGUACCCACAGAAGAGCGGCAGCGGCGGCGGCGGCGACCGGUACGAGAAGAACGACCGGUACGUCAGGGAGGAGAAGCCCGGCAGCGGCGGCAGCAACAAGUACGACAACUCCAGCAAGGACAAGACGGACAAGUACACCAAUAAGUACAACAGCACGUCGUCGUCCGCUGCCGCCGCCGCUGCUGUUGUGGCGUCCAAGUUCGACCGGUACGACACAGAGAAGAAGAAGUACGAGCGCGACGACAACAAGAAGUAUUACGACAACGGCUUCGGCAAACCCCACAAGGCGAAGAAGAAUGGCCGCCACAGGUCUCGCUCCAGGGACCGACGGCGGUAGGGCGUCCCCACCGCCGCCGCUGCCACUGCUGCCACCGCCAACACAACCCCAGGGACUCGGUAACCCCCGGAGGCCUCACCUCUUUUCCUCGGCCUAACUAUUAAGUCUUUUGGAACUCUAUUUUAGUGACUUUUUUUUAUUACAAGAUUAUUUGUAUAUUGAUGUAAAUAUAUAUAUAUAGAAAGAGAUUAUAUAUAUAUGAAUAUAUAUAUCCAUACACACACACAUCCAUAUAUUACUGUAAUCAGUUCCUUGCCAAUCAGUUCAGAUACUACAUGUCUCUAGGCCCUACCAUACCGUACAUACAGAGUGCUUACAGCCUUUACCAAACUACUGAGACAGAUUCGCUGUAUUUUUUUAAACGUCAUGACUCGUGGUGAUCCGGUCCCCCGCCGUGCUGUGCUGGCGGGGGACGCAGCCAUAACCCAUAGUGCAAAAGUAGACUAAGUGCUGGAGUGUAUAAUUACCGCUAGGACGGACGGACAGUCACGGGUGCCUGGUCUCGUUAGGGAAGCUCGGCCGGUGGGAACAUUCUGACUGUCGCCUCACGUUCAUUUGCUCCACACUGACAGUUUACAAGUUUACGACGACCUGUCUGAUAUUUUUGUAUCCCUUUUUCGAGUUACCACUUCAUUCAUAUCAUCCUUUCAUUGCCAGAUCCAGAAGUAGGUAUUUUCUUGUUCACUGGGCCUCUUGAAGCCACUCAGGAGCCUCGUACAGAUGCCAAACUUGAUCUCUAGGUAGUAUUAUCCCCCACAGUCUGUUAACAAGGACUGGAGUUGGUGUGUGGAGGUGCAGUGCGGCAGAUGGGACGAGUGAGUGAGGGGAUGCAAGAGAGAACUGAUUGGGAAAGAAUUGAUGGACAUGGAGUUUCUGGGUCACAUCUUAGGAACAUCGAGUGUGUGGAGGAAGGCAAGUGUCACUGAGUUUGAACCAAGUAUGGAUGAUAAGGAACACUGGGGAGAGUAAGAUAGGGUUACUGAGGGCGUGUUGCGAGUCAUGUCUUGAAUCUCUGGGUGUGUGAGUGAGGGUAGCCAGCAGGGAGGUCACAGGGCAAGGCAUGUCACUAGUUCAGGGUAGAGUCACAGGGGCAGUCUAACCUUGUGCAGUUUGCUAAGGGGACAAGAUUUUCAUCCACUUGUGUUGCAUCUUGUACCCUGAGACAGACAGGCAGACGUUUAGGGUAUGUUUCUGAGGUGGCUCUGUUAUGUGUGAUUCAGGGAGAUGCUGGAUAUCGGAGGAGAAAUUUUAAAGAAGAGAUGACCCUGGGUUUUUUUUUUUUCAUAAUUCAGGGAUUUACUGUACUCUAAGAAGAUGGAAAUUUAAGUUUAGGGAAGAAGUGAACCUAUUUUGCAUAAUUUGGGGCACAAGAAUGCAAAAUUUUGAGGUUUUAGAGAAGAAAUUAUAGUUUUGUAUAAUUCAUGGGACAAGAAUGUGGAAAUUUGAGUUUUUAGGGAAGAAAUUACCCAGUUUUGCAUUGUUCGUGGCAAAAGAAAGUGAAAGUUUAUGUUUUUAGGGAAGAAAAUAACAUGUUUUGUAUAAUUCAUGACAAAAGUGAACAUUUUUUAGGGAAGAAAUUGAUCUGUUUGCAUAAUUCAUAACAAAAGAAAGUGAAAAUUUAAGUUUUUAGGGAAGAAAAUAAUCUGUUUUGCAUAAUUCAGAGAUGGAAAUUUCUGUUCUAGGGAAGAUAUUACUGUUAAUUGGCAGAAAAAAAGUGAAAAUUUAAGUUUUUAGGGAAGAAAUGACCCUGUUUUGCAUAAUUCAGGGAUACAGUGUGUCAUGGAAGCUGCAGAUAUAAAGGGAUUCAUGAGAGAACCUACUUUUGAGCAUUUAAGAGAACCCUACAUGUCCUGAGAUAAGGGAUAUGUAGGUGACCGUCAGGGAAGUCAGAUAACCCUGUGUUGACCAUGCCAGGGACCCAAAUAACCCUGAGAUUGAGAUUUAAGAGUUUCAGGGAAGUUGAAUGAUGUGUUUUGAGAACUUUAGAUAUUAUGUAUGCCCUGAGAAAGAUGGCCACGUGGGGAAACAUUCAGGGACGAGAGAUGGCAGUCACUUAAGGAUUCAGGGAAGGCAGAUAGCCCUGUUUUUUGUGCAUUUCAGGGACUUAACAUGCCCCAAAAAGAGAGACAGAGAUGGAUAUUUUUAAGAGGGAAUUCAGGGACAGCAGAUGGCCCUUUGUUUGUUUGUUUGUUUUUAGUAUUUCAGGGAAGAAAAUUCAUACAAACGUAAUUUUCCUUAGUUUACGUUCGUACCAGUUUCUUUUCGAAUGCAAAGUGACCUGAAAGUCAAGAGUUCUGGCGUCCCUAGUACCUCUUGACCCGACCAUGUGUGCGCGUGUGUGUCUGCUGCGUGGUGGUGUGUGCGCGAGCGAGUGAGCAAGCAAGAGAGAAAGAGAGAGAGAAAGAGAGCAAGUGGUUGUAAUUAAGGAUUAAAACUGUGAUGUGUACAUAAUAUUAUACCCGAGCCUGUCAGUAGUUUUGUGAAGCACUCCUGUGUGUUUUCACCUCCGUGUUGUACAAAGAUUAAAUAUUUUUUCUUA